AUUUAUCAGGUACAACGUGACCCAGGCUUGAACCGGACAGGUUCCGUCUGAACAUGAUCUGCAGUCAUUUUGUAAUGUAACAGAGAUCGACGCGCGUAUCUCGUAUCUCCAUAUAAACAUUUCUAUCGACAAUGGCAAUGUCGACAAUAAAAGAGAUUACGGACAAUAACCUGUCCUUUGUGCCGUGUUUACAAUAUAACGGCAUGAAGCAAUUCAUUGGCGUUCAGUCUAUACAUAGAAUGGCAUCACAUAGUAGUGGUCGUGCAGCUAAUGAUCUGUACAACUGUCCUGCAGUGAGAAAACCCACCCUAGCCCAGGUGAAAGAUAUCGCAAAAGAUCUUGGCUUCCAAUACGAAGAUGAUGAUAUUCAGAAAUACAAAGCGAUUAUCGGAGAAAGCAUUGACAGCAUAAACAGUGUAGAGCAUCUGGUUGAACCGAGACUGCCUACCAGAUAUCCAAGACUUCCAGGGUACAGACCAAAACAACAGGACAAUCCUUAUAAUGCAUGGUACUGGAGGUGCGAGAUCCAGGGAGCCAGCGGUGGUAAAUUGGCGGGAAAACGAGUCGCAAUCAAGGACAAUGCAGCAGUAGCAGGGGUUCCUAUGAUGAAUGGAUGCCACGCUCUGGAAGGAUUCACACCCGACUUUGAUGCAACGGUCGUAACCAGAAUACUAGACGAAGGAGGGUCUAUUGCCGGUAAAACAGUAUGUGAAAACUUGUGUUUAUCUGGGAGCAGUUAUACAGCAGCCAAAGGUCCUGUGAUGAACCCUCACGAUACUACAAGAUCGUCUGGUGGAUCCAGCUCGGGCAGUGCUGUGGUGGUUUUGGCUGGUGACGUUGAUAUGGCCAUCGGAAGUGAUCAAGGCGGUUCGAUUCGCAUGCCUGCAGCAUGGACUGGCAUUGUUGGUCUAAAACCAACCUAUGGGCUUGUCCCUUACACAGGCGUCUGGUCUAUAGAGCCUUCUUUUGACCACAUUGGCCCAAUGGCAAGAACGGUUCAUGAUUGCGCCCAGCUUCUCGAGGUGAUUGCUGGAUACGACCAUGGAAACGAUCAUAGACAGUGCCAACACAUUACAGUACCGGAAUAUAUAAAAGAGCUUGAAGGUUCAAGUGUAUCCGGGAUUCGUAUCGGUCUAUUAGAAGAAGGAUUGAAUAACCCAAAAGCAGAUUCAGCAGUCAGUGGUAUCGUGGAGAAUCUUGUCAACAAGUUAUCAAUGUUUGGAGCUAGCAUAGGGAGAAUAUCAGUUCCUCUUCAUUUGAAAGCUCCUGGUAUAUGGAACUGCAUUGCAGAAGGGGUUUUUGAAACAACUGUGCGUCAUGGAGGUGUUGGGAGUGGUCAUCCUGGUUUUUAUCCUUCUGGAUUCAUCAACGAGUCUGGGAAAAUGUUUAAAUCUCGUCCGAACGACAUCUCAGAUCAUAUGAAGCUCGCCCUAAUGAAAGCAGAGUAUCUGAAGAAGAAUUACCAUGGCCAAGUGUAUGGAAGGGGCCGCAAUCUUACUAUCCUGCUUCGUGAGGCCUACGAGAAAGCUCUUGAAGAGGUUGACAUCAUUGCCAUGCCUACCAUACCUUUCACUGCAACCAAACUGCUGUCAAAGGAUGAUCCUAUUUGUGAGUACCACAGACGAGCUUCCGAGGUGAAUGUUAACACGCAUCCUUUCAACUUGACUGGUCAUCCCGCCCUCAGCGUCAAUGCAGGCUUUUUAGAAGGCUUACCAGUCGGCCUUAUGUUGGUAGGAAGACACAACGAUGAGCUCACCAUCUUCAAAGUCGCUCAGGCUGUAGAGAAAAUCAGGGAUGAGACAAACUAGAAACCAUAUAUGGACAGAAUUCUAACCUCUUUAUCUUAUGUUGGUAGGAAGACACAACGAUGAGCUCACCAUCUUCAAAGUCGCUCAGGCUGUAGAGAAAAUCAGGGAUGAGACAAACUAGAAACCAUAUAUGAACAUAAUUCUGACCUCUUUGUCUUAUGUUGGUAGGAAGACACAACGAUGAGCUCACCAUCUUCAAAGUCGCUCAGGCUGUAGAGAAAAUCAGGGAUGAGACAAACUAGAAACCAUAUAUGAACAUAAUUCUGACCUCUUUGUCUUAUGUUGGUAGGAAGACACAACGAUGAGCUCACCAUCUUCAAAGUCGCUCAGGCUGUAGAGAAAAUCAGGGAUGAGACAAACUAGAAACCAUAUAUGAACAGAAUUCUGACCUCUUUAUCUUAUGUUGGUAGGAAGACACAACGAUGAGCUCACCAUCUUCAAAGUCGCUCAGGCUGUAGAGAAAAUCAGGGAUGAGACAAACUAGAAACCAUAUAUGAACAGAAUUCUGAUCUCUUUGUCUUAUGUUGGUAGGAAGACACAACGAUGAGCUCACCAUCUUCAAAGUCGCUCAGGCUGUAGAGAAAAUCAGGGAUGAGACAAACUAGAAACCAUAUAUGAACAGAAUUCUGAUCUCUUUGUCUUAUGUUGGUAGGAAGACACAACGAUGAGCUCACCAUCUUCAAAGUCGCUCAGGCUGUAGAGAAAAUCAGGGAUGAGACAAACUAGAAACCAUAUAUGAACAUAAUUCUGACCUCUUUGUCUUAUGUUGGUAGGAAGACACAACGAUGAGCUCACCAUCUUCAAAGUCGCUCAGGCUGUAGAGAAAAUCAGGGAUGAGACGAACUAGAAACCAUAUAUGAACAGAAUGCUGACCUCUUUGUCUCAUGUUGUUGGUAGGAAAACACUACAAUGAGAUCAACGUCAGACUCAGGAUAACAAAGUAUUUAAAGUAAUCCUUGCAUUUCCAUAAUUUGAUUAAACGAAUUCGUUUUCACUGGAAGCCUGCCGUAGCAACAAACAGAUUUAACAAAAGACUUAACUCCAUUUCGUUGACGAUCAGCCAUGCAUGAAGUCUUUCGUCUUUUUUGAGCAUGGCUGAUCGCCAACGAAACCGAUUUAAAUCCGUUUUCAACUCUGGUUGUUGCUACAGCAGGCAGCCAGUGAAAACGAACUCGUUUAAUCAAAUUGUGGAAAUGCAAACUUUACUUGAAACAAACAGAACUUUGUUAUUCCUGGCUCAUUUUUCCUGAUUGAGGUGUAAUAUGAAAGGGCA